AUGCUUGUGCUCGAAGGUGGAUUGAGCAUCACAGGACACUAUUCUCCAUCGAUGCUGUUCGCAUUGAUCACCAUGCCGAUCGGCACGGGUUUGAUGAUGAAUUUCCUCAAAUUCAACACCGAGAUCGCACGUCUGAUCGUGGAUUCGGGCUUCGCAGAGUCCGCAGACGGUAUUGGGUUCCAAGCGGCGCAGACAGCGGCGCGGAAGACUCUUUUCGCCGCGGACGCAACGGCGGGUCUUGCGAUCAUUCCGUUCGCUCGGAGUUUUGGUCCAGUGGCUUUGUCGUCGUUGCGCAGAGAAUCUUCGUUGACCGUCUGA